AUGCUUUUACCAGUGUACCGCACUACAGUGCGUUUGGGCUUCAGACAAAAACGGUUGUUAGAGGGGUUCUCAUCGCCUCUCUUACGGAAUUUUCAUGCUGGGCGAAACCUUGCCCAGGAAAUUAAAGAUCCAUACAAAACAUUAGGCGUUCCACGUAAUGCGACUGCUGCGAACAUAAAAAAGGCCUAUUAUAAGCUGGCCAAACAGUACCAUCCUGAUUUGAACAAGGGCGAUGGUGCUGAUCAGCGUUUUCACGAUCUCCAGAACGCUUACGAGAUUUUAUCCGAUGAAAAUAAGCGCAGACAGUACGACCAGUUUGGUGCUGCGGCGUUCAAUCAGGAUGCUGGUGGGGCUGCUGGUGGUCACGGAGGUUUUGGCGGUUUCGGAGGUGGUUUCGGAGGGUUUGGAUCCGGUGGUUUUAGUAGUUAUGGCGACUUCGGGGGCAUGAACUUCGAGGAUCUCUUUGGAGCCGCUUUCCGUAAUGCUAGACGUGGUGAAGAAAACUUUAGUUCGAGGGUUGUGCGUGAAUAUAGUGGUGACAACGUGGAUAUCUUGCAUACUGUGCCCUUCAAGGACGCAGUAUUUGGUGUUCAGGGCGUGGAGUUCAAGUACUCUGCAUAUGACCAAUGUGGCACUUGCAGCGGCUCUGGGUUGAAGCAAAACGCUAAACGCUCGCAGUGCUCAUCAUGUAACGGAACAGGAACUCAUGUGCAUAUCCAGGGUGGAUUCCAGAUGGCAUCGACUUGUACGACAUGUGAUGGUGAAGGGACGCAGAUUCGCCGUUCUGAUAGAUGCGGUACUUGUCAGGGCGCUGGUGUAGAGUUCAAAAGAGAUAAAUCUGUGAAAAUUGAUAUUCCUCAUGGAAUCCAAGAUGGUGAUGUUAUUAGACUCUCCGGUAAAGGAUCAUAUCCUUUCGUACAAAUAGACCCAGCGAAACCACAUGCAACUCGGGCCCACAGAGGUGAUCUCAGGGUGCGAUUGCGGGUACAAAAAGAUCCUCGCUUUGAAGUUAAGAAUAAUAACGAGAUCUGGCACGUCUUAGACUUACCAAUCACCACGGCAGCCCUUGGUGGUACGGUAAGCGUGCCAACUGUCGAUGGCGACCAGAUCAGACUAAAGGUUUUGCCGGGUACACAACAUCUACAGGUCACUUCUAUUCCUAACAGGGGUGUCCCUAGAGGGCGUUUGGGAUUACGUGGUGACAUGAAGGUCCAGUUCCGUAUUAUCUUGAGGAAACCACAGUCCAAGGCAGAAACUUAUCUAUGGGAAGCCUUGGCUGACAUUUCUAACGAUACUACAGCAAAGAGAACAGCAAACUUAGGCUUUUCGAGCUCGUCCACCUCGUCGCCUUCAUCUUCAUCCGAUGCAGUGGCUAAUCCUGACGAACCUGGCGCGUUACGGAAACUAGAGAACUUCAUAUCCAAGGCAUUUAAAAGUAUUACGGGUGACGGCAAGAAAUAG